UCUCUGCCCCCCUUUGAUCCUCCGUUAAUUUUGACAUUGUUCCUUUAUUUUUAAGAACAACCUCUGCCAGCGCCCCUCCUGCACUGAAAAUGAUCCCCCUGAAAGGAAGAAGGAAAACGAUCUGGCGCCGACACCUGUGGCACAUCGGUGCAGGUGUGUCUUUAUUGCCCUAGCUAGGGCGCCGCGGGACGUAAACAGUGAACAGCUGAUGCCCUGACAGUCACGGCGGCUCGGCGUCUGCACCGUCCACCGCCCACCAUGGACAGCAAGGACAAGGAUCACGUUCUCAGCCUCAAAGUCAUGAGGCUCACCAGACCAUCACUGUUCACUGGUUUGUCUGUUGGCUGUGAUGCCCGAGACUUGCCGGGGGAACACCUCAAUGCUGACGUGCGGGCAGAUAUCGCCAUCCCCCAGGGGCUCCCCAACACUGGAGUGGGACACAUGCUGCUCCUUCCACAGAGCUUUGGGAACAUAUACUUGGGUGAGACCUUUUCCUGCUGCCUGUGUGUCCAUAACGAUGGGAAGGACACGGUGCGAGAGGUGUCCAUCAAGGCUGUGCUUCAAAUGAGCAACCAGCGAGUGCCUCUGUUGGGGGAGGAUGACAAUGAAAUGCUUCAUCAGCUGGAGGCCAACGAGACCAUCAAUGAGGUGAUCCAGCAUGAAGUGAAAGACAUUGGCACCCACAUAUUGGUGUGUGCUGUGAGCUACCUCGCGCCUGCAGGGGAUCGGUCAAACUUCCGCAAGUUCUUUAAGUUCCAGGUGAUGAAGCCGCUUGAUGUUAAGACUAAGUUCUACAAUGCUGAGUCAGAUGAGGUGUACCUGGAGGCCGGGGUGCAGAACAUCACAUCGGGGCCGCUGUGCCUGGAGAAGGUGGAGCUGGAGCCGUCCCCUUACUUCUCAGUGACGUCGAUGAACAAGAUUUCACCGUGUUCCAAUACUCUGGUCUUUGGGAGAAUGAACGUGGUGAACCCGCACGACACCCGACAGUACCUCUACUGCCUCAAGCCAAGACCUGAGGCCCGCAGCAACCCAGCGGCACUACGUCAGGCCACCUCCAUUGGCAAGCUAGACAUUGUGUGGCGCACCAACAUGGGUGACAGAGGCAGACUGCAGACCAGCCAGCUACAGAGGAUGGCACCUCAGUAUGGGGAUGUGAGGGUGACAGUUGACCGCAUCCCCAGCGUAGUGCGACUUGAGGACCAGUUUGAAGUGUGUCUGUCUAUCACCAACAUCUGUGAGCGCACCCUGGAGCUGCACCUGGACUUCCUGGGCGGCGGCGGCGGGUCGGUGUGGAGCGGUGUGAGCAGCAAAUCCCUUCCCUCUCUUCCCCCCGGCCAGUCCAUCAGCCUCUCCCUGCCCCUGGUUCCUUUGCAGACUGGCCUUCAGACCAUUGCUGGAAUCCGCCUCACUGACACCUUUCUCAAGCGAGCGUACAACUAUGAAAACCUUGCCCAAGUGUUUAUCACCAAUGAGAAAACUGAAGGCCAGGAUGUGUUUCUCUCAAAAUGGGUGAACAAUCUGACUUAAUGCCAUUUUUUCAAUGGUGAUGGAGGAAAACAGAACCCUGCCUUCACUUCAUUACACUUCCUCCCUGUUCUUCCCUACCUCCACUUAUCUUCACCUUUUCUCCUCUUUCCAUCCCUGCCAUUUCAGCCACAGAAUAAGUAUAUAUAUAUAUAUAUAUAUAUAUAUAUAUAUAUAUAUAUAUAUAUAUAUAUAUAUAUAUAUAUAUAUAUAUAUAUAUAUAUAUAUAUAUAUAUAUAUAUAUAUAUGUAUAGAGUUUAUUGUUUCUGGAGUUAUGUAUACAUUUAUGUAUAUGUAAGUAUGUUGGUGAAAAUGUAUGUAUGUAUAUGGGGAGUUGUCAUAUCCAUUCCUUGUUGACAAUAAUAAUGGUGGUUUCUUA